AUGAGCCUUGCCGAAUCGCCAACUCUAAAGAGGGGAGAGCCGUUUCCCAGGGGCAGCGACAUCGCCGACGAUGGCAGCUUCGACGAUUCGACUCAUCAUGCUGCCAUGGAGACCGAUUGCGAUCCCAACAUGGACAAUCAAAAGAGUGCCAAGGUCAAGAAAAGGUCUCUUUUUGGUUUCGGUAAAAAGAAGGACGGCAGCACCUCGUUGACCACUGCCUCCGACGCAGUGCCUGCGUUGCCCGUGCCAUCACAAACAUCCAAACCAUCACCGACGACGCCAAAGAUUACGGCAUCCCCACCACGACUGCAUACUGGCGAGCAUUUUGUGUUCGUGCAUCCCUCAUCGCCUGCUCGAGCCAUCUCUAGCUCCCCGCGGGUAUCAUCUCCAGCCGGCUCGCAGAUUUUCGAGAGAGACGUACAGGACAGCACCGUGUUGAAGCCCAACUCGCCUGCUAUUCCCACUCACAUUCAAACCGAAAACUAUAUCCCUCCCGUUCUCGACGAUGCCUCCGAGGCAAUCACGAAUGAGAAGCUGGACCCCGACGCGGUGGAGAUCGUAACACACACGUCACACCAACCCGCCUCGGUAACAGUCACGGGUACGCCAGGUGGACUAACGUCACCGUAUGACCAGAUGGCCUCUGAGUGGGCUGCCGAGCUGGCUUCGUUUGCAGACCGCGUUGGGCUUUCCCCGGACACUGCGUCCAACUACGGAUCGCUGGACUCUACCGAUGUACGGCGGCUAUCCUUCAUCUCAUUUGCAGACGUUGUGCAGGCAGAACACGGGAAUCAAGCAGGAGGAACAGGCUCAAGAGACAGCCUUCACACGGUGGGGUUAACAUCCCUUCCAUCUGCUACCUUGAACCGAUCACCAUCGCCCAUCCGAUCGCCCGUCUCCAGCCAAGGACAGGGAACGAGUCCUCCAACAAGUAACCCCGGAAGCAUGAAAGGAGUUGAGAUGAGUCCAACACGAAAACCAUUUGGCAGCCCCAAGCCCGGGCAACAGAACAUGGCAGCUACGGGCGGCGACCUCAAUAUCGAAACAAUGCGACAAGCUCUGAGGCGAACUGGGAACACGGACUUGAGUAGUUUUAGGAGUAACCCGGCAAGUCCAACUGACGGUCCAGGCUCUCGUUAA